AUGGCCGGAGGUGUCAAGAAACCCGUCAACGUCUUCCGCCUCGGCAAGCUGGGCGAGCCCAAGGGCGUCUUCAACUGGCGCCUUUGGUUCGCCGUGCUCUCGUUCGGUCUCCUGGGCGCUGCGCGCGGUAUUGACGAGGGCCUGAUAUCGGGCUCGUUCGAGUCACCCGCGUUCAAGAACCUCAUCAACUUUGACCAGUACUCCAAGGUCGAGCAGGCCAACAUCAAGGGCAACGUCUCCUCCAUGGUCCUCAUCGGUUCGGUUCCCGGCUCCCUCUUCGCCUUCCUCAUCUGUGACCGUAUCGGCCGUCUCUGGGCCACGCGCCAGCUGUGCAUGUGGUGGGCCCUCGGCAUUGCGAUCUUCAUGGGCUGCCGCGGCAGUCUGUCCGCAGUCUACGCUGGCCGAUUCAUCGCCGGGUUUGGGAUUGGCCAGACCCCCGUCGUCGGUCCCAUCUACCUUGCCGAGAUCUCUCCCUCUAGCGUCCGUGGCCUGUGCACCUGCAUCUUCACGGGCAUGGUGUACUUUGGCGUGAACCUCGCGUACUGGUCGAACUUUGGCGCCAGCAAGACCUGGACCGUCGAGCCGCAGCGCUGGCUCGUGCCCACCUCGCUGCACCUCAUGUUUGCCACGCUCAUCUUCCUCCUGUCCUGGUUCCAGGUCGAGUCGCCGCGAUACCUCAUCAAGCGCGGCAAGACUGAGAAGGCGACCAAGGUCAUGUGUCGCCUGCGCCAGCUCAGUGCCGAGCACCCGUACAUUCGCGAGGAGAUUGCGCGCAUCCAGGCCGCACACGACUAUGAGGUCGAAGCGACCCGCGGCAUGAGCCUCUGGCAGGCUAUCAAGGCGAGUCUCACGAACAAGUCUACGCUUUUCCGCCUGUACCUCGUCACCUCUUGCCAGUUCCUGUCCCAGUGGUCCGGCACUGGCUCCAUCACCAUCUACGCCCCCGACUUCUUCGAUCUCCUCGGCAUCAAGGGCCAGGAGCAGGGUCUGCUCGUCUCCGCCGUCUUCGGCUGCGUCAAGCUCGGCGCUGCGCUGAUCUGCGCCCUCUUCCUCGUAGACUUCAUCGGAAGGAAACGCUCGCUGCUCAUCGGCAUCACCCUCCAGAGCAUCGCCAUGACGUACAUUGCCGGCUUCCUGACCAGUGUACCCAAGAUGGGCGUCGAUGAGAGCUACGUCCUACCCGAGUCGCUCAAGGGCGUGAGUGAGGGCGCUGUGGCGAUGAUCUACCUUUCCGGCUUCGGCUGGGCUCUUGGCUGGAACAGUAUGCAAUACCUGCUCUCCGCCGAGCUCUUCCCGCUUCGCAUCCGUGCGAUCGGCACCUCGUGGGCUAUGGCGCUGCACUUCGCGAACCAGUACGGUAACGCACGCGCUGUGCCCAACCUUCUCCUUCCCACGAGCCACGGAGGCAUCACGCCGUGCGGUACCUUCUGGUCCUUCGCUGCCAUUACCAUCAUCGGCGGUAUCUGGGUGUGGUUCUUCGUGCCUGAGACCGCUGGCCGGUCGCUCGAGGACAUGGACAAGCUCUUCGAGCUGCCCUGGUACAAGAUCGGCCGCUACGGCAACAAGGCUGCGGAUGACGCCGACGCCGCCGAGGAGGACGACAUUGACGACGACAAGCUCGAGAAGGAGAAGGCAGAGGUCGAAUAUUACGAGCACGCGAACCAGAAGCCGACGAUCGCGUAG